CCCGGCUGCAGGGCGCUCAGGCAGCGGCAGCCGCUGGGCUGCGCCUGCAAUCGGUGCGUUGCCCCUUUAAUUGUGUCCCCAGCCCUCGGGCGUCUCUGUCCAACGCCCACGUCAGCAAAUACCUUUUGUUUCUCUCACGUUCGGGCUUCCAGGGCUCGGGGCUGCGGGAGCAGCUCGUCGCCUUGAGCCACCGCGAGCCCCGCCGCGGGGCCGGGGAUCCCGCAUCCACCGCCCGCUCCCCUCGGCUCAGCCGCAGCCGCCCGCAGGACCCAGCCGCGAGCCUUCCCGUUACACGUGACGGGGAUGGAGAUUUCUUCCCACCAGUUUCACCUCCUCGAGCAGCUGAAUGAACAACGGAAACAGGAUUUGUUCUGUGACUGCAAUAUCCUGGUGGAGGGAAAGGUCUUUAAAGCGCAUCGCAAUGUGCUGUUUGCCAGCAGCGGCUAUUUCAAAAUGCUCCUUUCACAGAACUCGAAGGAGACGAGUCAGCCAACAACAGCUACUUUCGAGGUUUUCUCUCCAGAGACAUUUAUGGUUAUUCUGGACUUUGUGUAUUCAGGCAUCUUGUCUUUAACAGGUCAAAAUGUGAUUGAAGUCAUGUCAGCUGCUAGCUAUCUGCAGAUGACAGAUAUUCUUAAUGUCUGUAAGACGUUCAUUAAGUCCUCACUGGAUAUUAAUGAAAAGGAAAAGGAUCAUUACCUCAGCCUUUCGGCCAAAAGUACAAACAGCGAACCUGCCCAUCCGUCUCUUUAUCGGUCGAGGAGGAAAGCAAAGAGUAACCCGCGGCGCUCCUACUCAAUCCCAGAUGAAAAGGCUAAUCCGGUGAAUGAAAAUUCCUGGAGUAGUUACAGCAGCUACCUGUCCUCAGAGGUGAUGCUGCAGCAGACAGAAACUCAGCUCUCUAAAAGAGGCAGAAAACAGGGCUCGACGCGAAAGCGCCGAAAGCACCUGGGACUGUCACAGACCCACGAUUUUGUGGGGUGUAAAUCGAACAAAGCCGAGCGGGCCAGCGGAGACAGCAGCUCCCCAGAUCCCAGCCACGUGUCUCACGUCAGAGAGGAGGGUGAAUUUGAUGCCGAGAAUGAUGUCGAGCGUGACGAUUACGGAUAUAAUCAUGAAUCAGAAGCGGUACCGAAGAGGUGGUCUGUGGCUCAGCUAGAACAAGAGCUUUCAAGAACUCCUGAGUUCAUGGAAUUAAAAGCAGAGGAACUGUACACCUCAAUGCCCACAAUUUUAGGUGUAAUGAGCAGUUGGAAUGAAGAUGACCUACCUCGGAUGCGAUUUAAAUGCCCCUUCUGUACGCACACCGUGAAACGCCGCGCAGACCUGAAGCGCCACCUUCGGUGUCACACGGGGGAGCGGCCGUACCCCUGCGAAGCGUGUGGGAAAAGGUUCACCCGGCUCGAGCAUUUGCGUAACCACUUCCAAACGAUACAUCAAGCUGGCAAACUGAUCUGCAGGAAAUGCAAGCGCCACGUAACUGACCUAACGGGAUGUGUUGUUCAGCAAGGAACAAGACGCUACAGACUGUGCCAUAAGUGUCUGGCAGAAGCUAAUUUUGACAACAUCCCUGAUGAUUUAGACACUGAACAUUCUCCUGUCUCCUCCACGGGAAACAAACGUUGCAAAUGGGCUUUGGAGGAGGAACAGAAAUCAGAGGAAGAGACGAUGGAGGAGGAACCGUAUAAUUUGGUUGUCCGACACGUUAAUGAUGAUAUUCCAGAAGAGGCAGAUGAAAAGGUGAAACCAAAUCUUAGGUAGAUGUACCUGUGUAUUUGUUACUGUCGUAUUCAAGAUUAAAUUGCUUGUGUCCUACCAA